GCUAUCCUUCCUCACGAUCCCCGUGUGGAGAUCAUGAAACUUGACAGGCGAGUGUCUGCUUUCCUCCCUUUCUGGUUGCUCUUCUUGCAGCCUGCCGUGGUGCUGGGACAAAGCUACCUCUACGACAACCGCUACGCCGGGGAUAAGGUGAUACGGGUUGUUCCAGAAAAUGACCAAGAAGCUCAGACACUGAAGAUCCUUUCUCAGCAACUUAAGGUGGACCUGUGGCAGCCUGGCAGCAUCUCCUACAUCUCCAAGGGAGCAGUUACAGAUGUACGUGUAUCAAGGAACACUUCACAAAUUCUUCUACACUACCUACAACAAGCAAACAUCCAAUAUAUAGUCCUCAUAUCUGAUCUGCAAAAAGCAGUAGAAGAGCAAAGCGGCUUGACAUCAUCCAGGAAUCGUAGAUCAUUACCAGAAUACAGCUAUGAAAUAUAUCAUUCAUUGGAAGAAAUUCAAAGUUGGAUGCAUCAUCUCAACAAAACACAUUCAGAUCUUGUUCACAUGCUCUCUGUUGGCAAGUCAUAUGAAGGGAGACCACUUCUUGUGCUAAAGCUGGGCAAAAGAUCACGGGCUUACAAGAAAGCUGUCUGGAUAGACUGUGGAAUCCAUGCAAGAGAAUGGAUUGGCCCAGCCUUUUGUCAGUGGUUUGUGAAAGAAGCUCUCCAGACAUAUCAAAGUGACCCAGCCAUGAGAAGAAUGCUAAAUCAACUCUAUUUCUACAUCAUGCCUAUUUUUAAUGUGGAUGGAUACCAUUUUAGUUGGACACAUGAUCGAUUUUGGAGGAAAACAAGAUCAAGGAAUUCAAGGUUCCGCUGCCAUGGUGUGGAUGCUAAUCGUAACUGGAAAGUGAAAUGGUGUGAUGAAGGUGCUUCCAUUCACCCCUGUGAUGAUACAUAUUGUGGUCCUUUUCCUGAAUCUGAACCUGAAGUUAAGGCUGUAGCUCACUUUCUUCGCAAACACCGGAAACAAAUAAAAGCCUACUUGUCCUUUCAUGCAUAUGCUCAGAUGUUGCUAUAUCCAUACUCCUAUAAGUAUGCGACUAUUCCAAAUUUCAGCUGUGUAGAAUCUGCAGCUUUUAAUGCUGUGAAUGCCUUGCAGUCAGUUUAUGGGAUAAGAUACCGAUAUGGCCCGGCCUCUAGCACUUUAUAUGUGAGUUCUGGCAGUUCUAUGGACUGGGCUUAUAAGAAUGGCAUCCCAUAUGCCUUUGCAUUUGAAUUGCGUGAUACUGGCCAUUUUGGAUUUUUACUACCUGAAACCCUCAUCAAGCCAACUUGUACAGAGACCAUGCUAGCUGUUAAAAAUAUAACCAUGCACUUGCUAAAAAAGUGUCACUAAAAGUUACAUCAAAGGGUCUGAAGCAGUGGAUGUUUUUAUUAUCAUCUUACAUGUUUAUUACAUAGCUCAUGUCCAGUCACAGAAGUUUGUACCUGUUCUGCUGGUGAAGCUCAAACGAUAAAAUUUGUGACAUUCAUUCUACACGUAGAUGUUGUUGAGAAGAGUAUUAUACAUAGUCAAGUCUGUAUUCUCUGAUCGUAUCACACAAAUGUAGAAAUCAGUAAUGAGCCUGAAAAUAUAUGGGGCAGUGCCUAGCAAAAUGGAAGAAAAUGGGGUGGGAAUAGUAGUGUGGGGUCCAGAAGAACAAAACAAGGUUUCCAGUGGUCAGGAGACAGGUCAUGAGUAUAUCUUUGCUCCAGCUCAUGGCUAAAAUAAAGCAGAAUAAAUUAUUCAGAACAAUCAUGCAUAUUCAAAUUUACCUAGUUUGCAUAAUUCAUACAGGUCACAGAUGAAGAAACUGAAAUGCCUUGGCACAGGGUUGUUGUUUUUUUAAGCAAAGAUUAUUCACAGCCCUGGAUGUAUCUCAAAUCACAUGUGCAAGAUAAAUUAAAUAAUACCUUUUAGGGUAUAAUAAAGCACCACCAUUUCACACCUCCAGAGUCAGUAUCAUUAACUUUCAUGACAGCAGAAUAAAGCACCUGUUAUGCAGAAAUUUCCUGGUAUGCUCCAAAUAUAAAUCUCACAGGAAGAACACACUGAAUACUAUAAGACACAAUUUGCCCAUAUUUCUUCGCUCUAGUCUCAAAUUGCAAUAGAACAAAGGGGGAACAGUUAGGUAUAACAAUAAAUUGGAUGUCCUUUCACCCAGUAAUAGCCCAUUCACAUAAUGCUUAUUGCACCUGAUAUAAAGAUUCAUUAUAGGUCCUAUAUCUUUUGACCAGAUUGUAGGGGAUUAAUGAAAACUUUUAAUAUUGUGUGUUGAAGCCUUGGCAAGCUAUUUCAGUUUUGUCAUAAAUUAAACUAAUUCUUUAUAACACGAGAUUAGAUAAGGCAUAUUCCUCUCACUUUGGAAAUGUCAGUGUGAACUCAUUAAGUUCAAUGUAGGAGACAGAUAACAUGAGCUGUAUUCUAAGAGCUAGUUCACCCAGUAAAUAUGGCAGUUCUCCAGGCACUGUGGAAUUCAGGCAACUUUCCCCCUACCAAUAUAUGUAAGGGGAAAGUAAAUAUAGCUGUCAGUGUUGACUGGCUUUCAGGCAGUGCUUCUAACAGUCUAUAUUAGCUCAGUCUGAACAACAAAUGGCUCAAACUGGGGAAGGCCAGAGUCAGCAGUCAUAUAAGGCCAGGUGGGACUUUAUUGGCUCCUUAGGGCACCUGAUCCGGUUAUGCUGAAAAGCUACAGUACACCUUCUGGCCAUUUGCAGGGUGUCACUGCAGAGCAACAGAUCUCAAGCUAGCAGUUCUGUUUGCCUGCAAGCUACCCAGUGGCAUAGAGCGUGAGGUGUAUAUGCCAACCAGCC